UUAAAGGUUAAGUUACCUUAACAACAAAACACAAAGUUCUUUUUCUAAAGUGGGAAAAAUAUGGAUACAAUGCUUGCAAGAACCAACAAAAUCUUGUUCCUUUCUUUUCUUCUUCUCACAAGUGCAUUAUUUCUUGCAACAUGUCAUGAAGUUGAUGAUGAAAGUGAGUUUAGUUAUGAUGAAGAAAGUGAGAAUGGACCAGCACAUUGGGGUGAAAUUCAUCCAGAAUGGAGUACGUGUAAUUCUGGAAAAUUGCAAUCUCCAAUUGAUCUUUUGAAUGAGAGAGUUGAAGUUGUUUCUUAUUUGGGAAGACUUAAAAGAAGCUACAAAGCAUCAUCCUAUGCUACUCUUUUGAAUAGAGGACAUGAUAUGAUGUUAAGAUGGGAAGGUGGAGCAGGACAUAUUGAGAUAAAUGGAACAAAAUAUCAACUCAAUCAGGCUCAUUGGCAUUCCCCUUCUGAACAUACUAUCAAUGGAAGAAGAUUUGAUUUGGAGGUUCAUUUGGUUCAUGAAAGUGAGGAUGGAAAGACUGCAGUUGUUGGAAUAAUGUACAAGAUUGGAAGAGCUGAUUCCUUCUUGUCUAAAAUCGAGGGUGAUUUAAAAGCUCUAGCACAUACAACAGGUGUGGAGAGAAAGAUAGGAGUAAUUGAUCCAAAAGAAAUAAAGUUGGGUAGCAGAAAAUAUUACAGAUAUAUUGGCUCGUUGACUGUUCCUCCUUGCACUCAAGAUGUUGUCUGGACUAUUGUAAGAAAGGUGAGGACUGUCACAAGAGAACAAAUGAAGCUAAUCCGCGAGGCGGUUCAUGAUGAAUCUGAUACAAAUUCCAGACCAGUCCAAGCAGCAAACAAACGACCGAUCCUACUCUAUAGACCAAAUGAUCCUAAAGAAUAAUUGAAAUGGCUCUACAAUCCCAGAAGGAUUUAAUCAUUUUCAUAGUUAUAAUUAUCAUGAUGAUUUUGUUUAUAGUAGAACAAAAUUAAGCUCAGUAUAUGAGCUGAGCUAGAAAUGGCCAUAUUCCAUAAAUGGUUGUUACCUUUCUUUAAUUUUUUUUUUUUUUAGUAACAUGAUCGGAAUUCUUUCCACUAUAUAGUAGUAUACAUAUUUCUUUGUUGUAUUGAUCGAUCAUUCAAUAUUUAAUUGUAGCCAAAAUAAUUGAAGACGUUUAGUUCUUUGUAAA